AUGAUGCAGGUCAAAAAAGAACAGGCACUCAUUCUGUCACUGCUUAAUGCCAAAAAGGUUGACUUUAAGGAAGUUGACCUCUCUGACGUUUCCAACGAACCUGAGAAAUGUUCAUUAUUUGAGGAGCUGAAGAAAAAGGAUAAACCUUUGGUUCCACCACAUAUUUUCCUUGAUGAGGAAUAUCUUGGAGGCUAUGAGGAAUUUUACGAGGCCUUGGAAAUGGAAGAACUGGAAUCUUUUUUAAAAUUACCUGGAGAAAAACCUAAGCCGUUCUCAGCAUUGAUGGGUAGCAGCGCCAGUGAGGCCGAGAGUGAGGAGGAGGACGAAGAGAAGAACAAGGAGUCUUCGGGCAAUGAAGAUAAGUCUGAUAUUUCUAACGAGGAAGAAAAGAGUGAAGCUGAUGAAGAAGAGAAGAACGAAGAUCAAAAAGAGAAAGAAAAGCCUUCAGAUGAAUGUCUUGAGGAGGAAGUUGGUGCAAAUGAAGACAGUUCCACAGAACACCAGAGAAAAACUUCUGAAGAUGAAGAUUCAGGGAAUGAGGAAGAAGAAAAAAUAAACCCCUCGUCAGUCAAGGAUGUUGAGGGCAAAGCAAAGCCUUCGAAGGACUCUGAUGAAAGUUCGGAAGACUCGUCUGGUGAAUCCGAAGCCAAAAAAUCCAAGACAGAGUCGGAUAGUGAUUCAUCAAAACAUUCAGUUUCUAGUGCUCGAAAGGAUUCUGAAAGCUCUUCAUCUGGAGAAUCUGAGGCCAAGAAGUCGAAAACAGACUCGAACGGCAGUUCACCAAAGCCCUCUCCACCAGAUUCUCGAAAAACAUCUGUUGGUUCUAAAGCCAAGAAUUCAGAAGUGAAAUCUGACAGUGACUCAUCAUCAAGUCACUCAGAGCAGCCUGCAGAAAAGUCUAUGGAGAUUAGAAAGGAGAACACAACGGAGUCGGAAGACUCAAGCGCAAAUGAGUCUGAAUCAUCUUCGGACUCUGAGUGA